AAAACGCGAGGAUGAAGAUAUUCUCCUUCUCGCACAAGACCGCCUUCGUGGUGGACCACUGCCCGUACAUGGCCGAGUCCUGUCGGCAGCAGGUGGAGUUCGACCUGCUGACCAAGAACCGCUCGCAGGGCGUGAUCCCGCUGGCGCCCGUGUCCAAGUCGCUGUGGACCUGCGCCGUGGAGUGCUCGAUGGAGUACUGCAGGAUACUGUACGACAUAUACCCCACAAGAAAACUGGUGAACUACAUCGUUAGCGACUCGGAGUUCCACGUCCUCAACAGCUGGAAUCAGGAAGACCAGAACACUCAAGAGCUGAUGUCGGCGCUGGCGGCGGUGGGGCCCCCGAACCCGCACGAGGACCCCGAGUGCUGCAGCAUCCUGCACGGCCUGGUGGCGGCGGUGGAGUCGCUGUGCAAGGUGACGGAGUACCAGCAGCAGGCCCGGGCCCGGCUCAUGGACACGGCCGAGCGCGUCUGCAACAGGGGCCGCAUCAUCUGCCUCACCAACGCCAAGAGCGACACCCACGUGCGUAUGCUGGAGGACUGCGUGGUGGAGACCAUCCAGGAGCAGAACAAGCUGGCGGCGGGCUCCGACAGGCUCAUGCAGAUUCAGCAGUGCGAACUGGUCCUGAUCCACACCUACCCGCUGGGAGAGGACACUCUGGUGUCGGACCGGCCCAAGAAGGAGAUCUCCCCUGUGCUGAGCAGCGAAGUGCAUAGCGUGCGAGCAGGCCGCCACCUUGCCAGCAAGCUCAACAUCCUGGUGCAGCAGCACUUUGACCUGGCCUCCACUACAAUCACCAACAUCCCAAUGAAGGAAGAACAGCACGCGAACACCUCGGCCAAUUACGACGUAGAGCUGCUGCACCACCGAGACGCGCACAUGGAGUUCAUCAAGAGCGGAGACCUGCACCCGGCCGGCAGCACCAGCCGGGACAGCGGGCUGAAGGAGACGGUGACGCUGAAGUGGUGCACCCCUCGGACCAACAGCGUCGAGCUGCACUACUGCACUGGAGCCUACCGAAUCUCGCCAGUCGACGUUAACAGCCGGCCUUCCUCUUGCCUGACCAACUUCCUCUUGAACGGCCGUUCAGUGUUGCUGGAGCAGCCUCGGAAAUCGGGGUCGAAGGUCAUCGCCAUGUCGCACCAGGUGGAAUUCUGCACUGCUCUACACCUUUCAUUGGGCGUGCUUGAGGAGAGACCGCUCUUAACGGGCUCCGUCUUGUCUGUUUUCCCAAAGGACUUUGGGGAGCUGAUGAGGGAGAACCGGCUGACUCCCUUCCCAGAGUCCCCGGCUGCCGGGGCUGGUGGGAAGGUGCCCUUAGAAAGAGCCAAGGCCCAGCUGGAGCGGCACACCCGAUACUGGCCCAUGAUCAUCUCCCAGACCACCAUCUUCAAUAUGCAGGCGGUGGUUCCCUUGGCCAAUCUGAUAGUGAGAGAGAGUUUGACCGAGGACGACGUGCUGACCUGCCAGAAGACCGUGUACAACCUGGUCGACAUGGAGAGAAAGAACGACCCGCUUCCUGUCUCCACCGUCGGGACCAGAGGCAAGGGGCCUAAAAGGGACGAACAGUACCGCGCCAUGUGGAAUGAGCUGGAGGCCCUGGUGCGGACCCACGUGGGGGGCAGCGAGCGCCACGCCCGCGUGCUGGAGUGCGUGAGCGCCUGCCGCAGCCGCCCGCCCGAGGAGGAGGAGCGCAAGAAGAGGGGGAGGAAGAGGGAGGACAAGGAGGAGAAGCAGGAGAGGAACGGCAAGGAACCUGAGCCGGAGAAGAGCUGGCAGGAACCGGGAGAGAGGCUCAAGGGGGCGCUAGAGCGUGAGAAAGAGGAGCUUGCAGAGUCGGAAGUCAUCAAGGACUCCCCAGACUCCCCGGAGCCACUGAACAAGAAGCCCCGCCUGACCGUGGAGGAGAGCCAGCCCCCCGAGAAAGUCAAAGGUCCCAUGUCGCUGCUCACGCUGUGGACGAACAGGCUCAACACGGCCAACUCGCGCAAGCACCAGGAGUUCGCCGGGCGGGUCAACUCCGUCAACAGCAAGGCCGAGCUCUACCAGCACCUCAAAGAUGAAAACGGAAUGGAGACGUCGGAAAACGGGAAAACCAACAGGUGACGCAGUUUUCCCCGUCCGCCGCCUCCCGCUCGCCAGCGCCGCUGGGAAAGCUGCGUCUGCGUGACCGUCACAGGAAACACUUCACGAUCCAGCGGCGUUUCUUCCCUCAUACUUUUAAUCUCCGUGCUGUACCGUCCGCCGGGCACGUCAGCAAGAUCGAGCCGUAGCUUUUUAAGACAUUUUUUUAACACGCUUAUGUUUAUACUGAUGAAUUUCGAUAUUCUGAGAAAUAAAAUGAAUUCUGUCUGUG